AUGGAACCAAAUCCGCUACCAACCACUGACAAUGCAGAUCCAUUGAUGGCAACCAACAUGGAUGCUAAUCCGCUACCAACCACUGACAACGCAGAUCCAUUGAUGGCAACGAGCAUUGAUGCUAAUCAGCUACCAACCACUGACAACACAGAUCCAUUGACGGCAACCGACAUGGAUGCAACUCAGCUACCAACCACUGACAACCCAGAUCCAUUGACGGCAACCAGCAUGGAUGCUUAUCAGCUACCAACCACUGCCAACCCAGAUCCAUUGACGGCAACCAACAUGGAUCCUAAUCAGUUACCAACCACUGACAACGAUGAUCCAUUGACGGCAACAGACAUGAAUGCUAAUCAGCUACCAACCACUGACAACCCAGGUCCAUUGACGGCAACCAACAUGAAUGCUAAUCAGCUACCAACCACUGACAGCGCAGAUCCAUUGAUGGCAACCAACAUGGAUGCUAAUCAGAAGCAGGUGCUUCUAGAGCUACCUGUCCUGGAACGUCCACAUCAGCUGCAAGUUGUCUCCAGUCCAUCAGCAUCUUUCCUGCUGUAA